UGCACUGGGGGUUGGGUUUCCAUUAUAUUGCGGCUGCCUCGGUGACCGCUGUUCCACUGCCCACUCCCGGCUGACGGUGUGCCAUGUGCUCUAGACUCGGAACUUCGCUACUGCUCCUGCUCAUAUCUCUGCGGCCGAGUUGCGCUGCAAGUCUGCCUGGUCACAACCAGCAAGUCCGCUCCCAGGCUCUAAAGAAGCUGCUAGAGGUGUUCGGGAUGGUGGACGCCCCGCAGUCCCCUCACAGGGCCCGCCAGCCCCCUCAGUAUAUGCUGGACCUUUACAACGCUGUGGCAGACGUGGACGGAGUGACUAAGCAACCCGAUCUACUAGUGGGAAACACGGUGCGCAGCUUCCUGGAUAGAAGUCGCAGUCAGCAACUCCAGUUCUUUUUCAACCUGUCCAGUGUGGCUAAAAGCGAAACCGUUCUUUCCGCUAAGCUGCAUCUCUUCAAAUUGAGAGGUCGACUCUUUCGGGACACACUGUAUCACAGGCAACAUUUCUGUCAGGUCAGUGUCUACCAGAUACUGGACAGUAGUAACACAUCUACAGCAGAGGGACAACGAUUGCUGUCAUCCAGAGUACUGGCAGUGCAUGACAGCACAUGGGAGGUCUUCACAAUCACCCAGGCUGUGUACGCAUGGACACACGAUAAAAAGAGCAACAAGGGCUUGAUGGUCAUCGUGCAAACUCUGACUGGGCAGCAGACAAACAAUCAUUUUGUCCGCUUUGCCACAGGGACAGACCAUCACAGCAGCAAGCAACCAAUGCUGGUCCUCUUCACGGAUGAGGAGAGGAGAGGAAUUACCACUUCCUCGUCAUUAAAAGAUAUGGCCACAGAGAUUCCAUUUCUCUCUCACGGAACACUUCAGAACAAAGCAAGCCAGAACCGGAACACAAGGUCCUUGCAUUUCCAAGCAUGUCAGAGGCAUCAUCUAUAUGUAGACUUUGAAGAGAUCGGCUGGUCUGGUUGGAUUAUCUCCCCUCGAGGGUACAAUGCUUAUCAUUGUAAAGGAGCAUGCGUCUUCCCACUGGGCCAAAAUAUGAGACCUACCAACCAUGCCACUGUCCAGUCCAUUAUCAAUGCUCUUAAGCUAGCCAAUGAUGUAGCUUCUCCGUGCUGUAUCCCAGACAAACUUUUCUCCAUUAAUCUUCUCUAUUUUGAUGAUGAUGAAAAUGUGGUCCUGAAACAAUAUGAUGACAUGGUCGCUGGAAGCUGUGGGUGCCAUUAACCCAUUAUCAACCCCUCAUUCAGAAUUGUACAAGGCAAGGAACCAUAACCAUGGCAGUUUUGCAUAAUGACUGGUUCCUGAGGUGAGAAACCAGCAUCCUCAGGAGAUCCGGAAGCAAUGGGAUCAGUAGCAAUCAUUUCAAAAACCCCAUACCAUGCAAGUAAAGUGUUGGUUUGGAAAAUGGAUUUAAAAAGUCACUCCCUAAAGGAAAGUAUGCAGACUGCAGAUUGAGUUGUAAA